ACGUAUUCUUGAAAAGAUCGACAUCCUUCACUUGGAAUUCGCCAAGCGUGCCGCUCCAUUCAAUAACUGGCUGGAUGGAAUAAGUGAAGGUUUAGCGUCUCUUAUUUAAACACACGUUGGGCUUAGGGACCAUAUGAAGCGGAGAGGAUCAACAACUCUUUGAUGCAGAUACCAUGUUUCAUCAAAUUUUCAAACUCUCUCCGAUGUACCGCCACGAAGGUUUUGUUGAUAUGUUCAUUUUUCACAUGAAGGAAGAAAUCCAAGGUUUGAUUCAAGCUCACGACCAAUUCAAGGCAACAUUAGGAGAAGCCGAUAAGGAAUUCAACCUGAUUGUUGGACUUGUUCGCGAAGUUGGAUCAAUUGCUAAGCAACACCAAAUCCAUGGGGGUCUAGAGAAUUCCUACACAACGGUUACUGCUAACGAUUUGACUGGUAAAUGGGAAGACGUCCGUCAACUGGUACCACAACGUGAUCAGACAUUGGGCAAUGAACAACAAAACAAUGAAAUGUUACGUCCUUAA